UACAAGCUCGCGGGAAAAGCUGCCAACUGCCAUCCAGCAGUCCAACUUAGACUCUAGCCGACUUCGGGCCGACUAUCGUUCGGCGUGCAGCAAUUUGCCGUAGUCUUGUGGUGCAGUGGUACAAAGGAAACCCGGAAGAUAUGCAGAGCUUGCGCAACAUCGGCGGCAGUCCGUACGAGGCGGCACCCCGUGGGGAUUCCUUCCGGAAGCUACGCGAUGGCUCCGGUUCCGGAUCAGGUGGUCUGACGACGGUCAAGUUUGUGCUGAGUUGCUUGAUCGAUGCCGGCACGUUUCUGGUGCUGCUGGUACCGAUUCUGGUCAAGUACGUGGUUGGGCUGUUUGUUGGUCCACCGAAGAAGGACAUCCACGGUCAGUUGGCCCUCGUGACGGGUGGCUCGAACGGGUUAGGUCGGGAGAUUUGCUUCCAGUUGGCACGGAAUGGGUGUCACGUGGCGGUCGUUGACCUGGACGCGGUGAACGGGGAGAAGACUGUCCAGGACUUGCACCAGCAGCACGGUGUGAAGGCGAAGUUCUACAAGGCGGACAUUUCCAGCUAUGAAUCGGUUCAGGAGCUGCGAAAGAGUGUCGAGAGCAGCCUCGGGCAGGUGGACAUUCUGGUGAACAAUGCCGGCGUGUUGCCGCUGAUGUCCGUCCGGGAAGGAACGCCGGAGGAUUUGAAGAAGGUGCUGGAGAUCAACUUGCUGUCGCACUUUUGGACCAUCCGAACCUUCAUCGACGGAAUGGUAUCGCGCCGAAAGGGUCACAUUGUGGCCGUUGCUUCGGCAGCCGCAUACCUUCCGCUGGGACGGCUGUGCGCCUAUGUGGCGUCCAAGUACGGCGUCCGCGGCCUGAUGGAAGCCUUCAACGACGAGCUGUACUGUGACGGGCUGCAGAACGAGGUGUUCACCACGACCGUCUACCCGUACUUCAUCAACACCCGCAAGGACCUCAUCGACGCGCUGGACAAGGCAAACGUGCUUGGAAGGGUGCCCGUUUAUUCCGCCAAAACGAUGGCGCGUGCCAUCGUCGGAGGAAUGUUGCGCAACCGGCAGAACAUCUACGUGCCGAAGGCAAUGAAACCGGUCCUCAUUCAGUACGAGAACAUUCCAAAUGAGAUCAAAAGACUGGCGCGCAGAAUUAUGCUGAGAACGGAAAUACCCAAAUUGAUGAACUAGCUUCACCACUCGCAAGUGGGAAGUAUGCGUUCAAGUGUGAUAUUUAAAGUCCUGCGAAUCCAGUGCGCAUUUCCGGUAGUCGUUUUUGUUUGUUCAAACGUGAUUUAUUUGGAAAUUACAGGAAGUUGUCAUGUUUAA